AUGUAUCAGAGGUUUGAUUGCCUGUACUCAAGGCUCUUCUGGGACAGAACAAUUCUUGUAAUCCUUCGCACUCCUCUUCAUGGCGGGGUGUAUCAUUAUCAAGCUCGGUGUCGCCAAAGCGGGAAUUGCCCCCGCAUUUUUCGCGACGUUGUGCAAAUGAUUUUCAUGCGCUUCAAGGGUAGGCCUCCGGCAAGCGCCGAAGCGGAGUCCCUGAAGAACCAGUCGGCAAGGUACACCGAGUUCUGUGUCCAGCGCAUUAUGUCAGGCUAUGGGGACAACGGUUACACGGUACUUGAACUUCCUAUACUCAUCAACGCUUGGAUCGAGUCAACAUGCGAGUAUAUCUAG